UCGGAGACGGCGGGCAGCGUUGGAAAUAGGAAGCGUCCGUGAAAUAAGCCCCCACGGCAGAGCCGCACUUGCAUGGGUCGAACUGCAGUGUACGGUAGUGCGCCCGGUCCUGUCGGCCGGUCCUUACUGAAGUAGCGCCCGUUUUCCUAUGUCACUUGUCAAAACGGCGCGGCGGCGGCCAGCCGGGACACGUUGACUACUGACGAGCAGAGGAAGAAGCGGCCGACUGAUCCACCGGAUUAUUUUCAAAUCCAACCUUUCGUACGGGUCCGUACGUGUCUUUUGCUGCUGCACCCGAAAGGCUCUCGGUGAUGCCUUUUUUGAGAUCUGGUAGGAAUUUAGCGGUCUAAUUUAUGAAACGCCAAAAAGAGAGGUUAUGUAAGGCGCAUGGGAGAGAUGAGACCAUUCAACAUAGCGGCACCAUCAUCCAACGUGUUGUACUGUACUUUUAUGGCACAUCGCUAGGGCCAUUUUCUGCUUGACGGAAACAGGGGGUGCCUCGUUGAAUUAAUUUCUUCAUGUGUGAGGGCGAUAUUGUCCCCGUUGCGUUACAAUAUAGAUGCUCAUUCAGCUGAGCUAUAGCUCGGAAAGCGCCGCCGAUGCCGGUCCAUUCAGCAUUGUGUGCGUGUGAUUUAGCUAGCCGGCUAACGGGGAAGCACCGCCAGUGAAAAGGCUGCGUGCGUAGCAGGAUGAUGAACAAAUCCUAACCGGCUAUUGAUGGUUCAGAUCCGCUGUCAAUACGCUAUUCAAUAAAUUAACCAUCGAGGUGAUAAGAAACGCAUCACCAUUAAUAUAAACCGGUGUAUUUGGUUGGAUGUGAUGGGCCUGCGAUCAAUCAUAAAAUACCCCAUGCGCCAAGAAUGGGCCCGUGUCCUAAUUUAGAAAACAAAGAAUUAGGUUACUUGAGAGGCGUCCAUAAACUUGUCUUCGCGUUUUUAAGGUUUGCGACCAAGCUAGUCUGGAGAGAUUAGAGACACCGCCUGGACUUGAUGCCCUUUGUGCACACCUUUAACCAGCAUCCCUGAAUCGGAUUUUUUAUUUUUAUUUUUUUUGUUUUUGUUGUGCAAUUUUCCCGUUUGUGCGUGCGUGCGUGCGUGUGUGCGUGCGUGCGUGUGUGCGUGUGUGUGUGUGUGUGUGUAACGUCGCGCCACGAUGGACAGUCGUAGCGGGGAUGACAGCAUGGGUGGCGGGGGGCCGGUGGAUGUGGAGCCCAUGCCGGGCUACGUGGAGCUCAUCAGCCGAGCCUCAGUCGUCAUGCUGGGCGCCUUGAGAGAGUGCAGAGCGUGCGGCGCGGAGCUCUCCAGUCGGACUCUGCUGGAUAACGCAUACAUUACCUGGACAGAGAUAGUCCUCUUCUUCUUUUGCGCCUUCCUGUGGACGCAGAUACGGCGGGGACUAACGGAAUGUCUGUUCAGGCCUCUCGCGCAGUGGUGGCGGCUGAUGCCCAAGGAUGCUGCCAAGAUGCCGGAGAGCGCGUGGAAGCUGGUCUUCUACACCAUGUCGUGGUCCUACAGCACCUACCUGCUCUUCUUCACCUCCUACUCCUUCUUCCACGAUCCACCCUCCGUCUUCUAUGGCUGGAAGAGUGGUAUGUCGGUGCCUACAGACAUCGCCAUUGCCUAUCUGAUCCAGGGUAGCUUCUAUGGUCACUCCAUCUAUGCUACAGUCUACAUGGAUGCAUGGAGGAAGGACUCCACCGUCAUGGUGGUCCACCACGUCAUCACACUGGCACUCAUCAGCUUCUCCUACGCCUUCAGAUACCACAACGUAGGGAUCUUGGUCUUGUUCCUCCAUGACAUCAAUGACAUCCAGCUCGAGUUCACCAAGCUCAACAUCUACUUGAAAUCCAGAGGAGGAAGCUACCACCUUCUCAAUGAUGUCCUGUCCAAUAUGGGCUCCAUCAGCUUCAGCAUCACCUGGUUUUGGUUCCGUCUGUACUGGUUCCCUCUGAAGGUGCUGUACGCUACAUGUGUGUCCAGCCUCCAGUCUGUCCCCAACAUCCCCUUCUACUUCUUCUUCAACAUCCUGCUCCUGGCUCUGCUGGUCAUGAAUAUCUAUUGGUUCUUGUUCAUCGUGGUGUUUGUGGUGAAGGUGCUGAAGGUGAAGGAGGUGAACGAUGUCAGGGAAUACGAGGAGGAGGAGGUUAACAGGGCAGCAGCGGGCCAGCUAUCAGACCCUCAGGCAAAAAAAGGCAAUGAUGAAGAUGAUGAUGCAGGACAUCACAAGUCUACCCAGGGGAAGCACGUGCAGAACGGAAUUGCGAAGGAGAAACGUCUGUAG